AUCCCACAUCAGCUUCAACUGUUUCCAUGGCAACACUGACGCAGAUGCUCGCUCAGCCCAAACCCAACCGACUCAGAUAUCCAGACCGUCGUUCUGUUUACUGGCUGGAUCAGCUGCCACCAGAGAAGACUGGAUCCACCACCACAACUGAGUUAACCCCUCGCUGGUCGGAGCUAUGUAGAAGUAAAAAGUUCUACGCUCAAGUCACAAUUUCUCCAGUGUGGGAGGUGAGUGAAUGGGCUCUCAAGGCGGUCCCCUCCAAUCGGCUGUGUAGUCUGGCUCAACCACGGGCCCCUGCAGUUGGCUGGCAGCCAGACCGCCUACUGCUUGCUCCUUUGAACAGAGUGGCGCAGACGGCAGUCGCCACUUCACGAAUUUGCCAGCUUGCCCAACCAAAAAGAAGACUGGUUCUAGAGGGUUCUGGCCCCAAAUCUAAACCUGUACCCAUGACCCACAUACCCUGCAAAGCCUCGGCACACAUAGAGCUACUUGCUUCCCCUAAGUCUGACCACCCCAAGUUUGAAGGAGAGCGCUCGGUGUGCCGGCCCGUCUCCAGAGCAGCGUUGAACUACGUAGCCAGCCCGAGACUUCAUGAGUUGUCCAGUCCCAAAGAGAGGAAGGCUCUGUUUGAGGGAUACGACCCUUACAUAGUUAGCCGGGCAGCCCGGUCUGCUAGCCCGUCGCCUCGGAUACAACAGCUCUGUCUGCCUCUGCCUCGCAAAUGUAGCUCAAACUAGGAGGGAUGAGGUCAAGUCCCCUGAGAAGUGUUGAUUGUUCUCCU